CGCGUCAGUUCCGGGCGGCGCGCGAUGCUGUCGGCGGCGGGCGGCUCCGGCCCCGGCGGGGCGGGCGGCUCCGGGCCGGGCCUCGGCGGGGACGGGGACUUCCUGUCGCGGUACCGGCUGGUGUCGGCCAAGCUGCGGCGGCGGUUCCUGCGAAAGCCGAACGUGGCGGAGGCGGCGGAGCAGUUCGCGGCGCUGGCGCGGGAGCUGCGCGCCCGGGAGAGCCUGCCCUACGCGGCCUGGUGCCAGCUGGCCGUGGCGCGCUGCGCCCAGAGCCUCUUCCACGGGCCCGCCGAGGCGGCCGCCCUGGCCGAGGCGGCGCGGCUCUUCCUGCGCCAGGAGCGGGACCUGCGGCAGCGCCUGGGGCUGCGCGGCGGCUUCGGCGAGCACGUGGCGGCGGCGCAGAGCUGCGGCGCCUUCGCCGCCCGCCUGCACCUGGAGCGGGGGCAGCCGGCGCUGGCGGCCGGGCUGUGCCUGGAGCUGGCGGCGGCGCUGCGCGACACGGGCCGGCCCGCCCGCGCCGCCGCGCCCCUGCAGCGGGCGGCCGAGCUGCUGGCGACGGCGCGGCUGCCCCUGGAGGCGCUGCGGUGCCUGGCCGAGCGCGCCUCCUGCCUGCUGCUGGGCUGCGACUACGCCGGCGCGCUGGCGGCGCUGACGCGGGCGCAGGCGCUGGCCGGGGCCGGGCUGGGCUGUGUCGGCGGCGGCGGGGGCGCGCCCGGCGGCGCCUUCCUGGACGUGCUGGCGCGCUGCGAGGUGUCGCGGGUGCUGCUGCUGCUGCUGCUGCAGCCGCCGCCCGCCAAGCUGCUGCCCGAGCACGCCCGGACGCUGGAGCAGUACUGCUGGGAGGCGCCGGAGGGCGGCGCGGGGCCGGGGCCCGCGGGCGGCCCCGGGGCGGGCGGCGGGCUGCCGCCGGCGGCGAGCUACCUGCCGGCCGAACUCUUCCUGCUGCUGCAGUCGGCUGUGCUGGCGUGCCAGGAGAAGGACGCGGAGGCGUUGAAGGCCCUGCAGGCCGAGCUCUGGCCGCUGCUUAGCGCCGAGCAGAACCACCUGCUGCACCUGGUGCUGCAGGAGAUGCUCAGCCCCGCCGGACAGGGGCUCUGAGUGAGCGCCGCCGCUGGCAUGGACGGGCCUCGUCGUGCUUCCGCAGGGCGGCAGGGCUGGGCUUGGACUUGUUACUUGAGCCACACUCUGUGUCAGCGUAGCCUCUGUUGCGUUAUUUAUUUUUAAUAUGACUUCUGUAACAGAAGCAAGUAAUCAUUGAUGAGCGAAUGUGUUCAUCUACUCAUUUAUCUUGUGUCGUAGUAAACUACUCGCUGUAUGUA